AUGCAAGGGUAUUCAUUCAUGCCCCCGACGGGCCCUCCUCGGGAGGGACAAAAAAACUAUGUUUUUGUGGAUGAACACAAUCGGCACAAGAGACUCAAGGUUAUGCGCGCCUGCAAUGGUUGCCGGAAGCGAAAGAUCAAGUGUGAUGCUGCUACAACAAACACUUGGCCUUGCUCGGCUUGCACACGACUAAAGCUAGUGUGUGUCCCUCCUACUAUCGGGCAAGACGGCGAUUUUUCUUCAGGGCAAUCCGUCGAAUCCUACCCUCCCAAUUCACUAAGCACGACAGCCGCUCCGGAAUCUUCACAAUCGCUCUCUUCAUAUGCUAUCCCUCACGCCUACCGGGAAGAUGCAUCUUCCCAUGGUGAAACAAUACAUCAGUACAAUGAUGCGGUAGCCUCAUUUUCUCAUUAUGUGCCACCAUCUAUUUCGAAUCAAUCUGGACUUUAUGAGACAAGGACAACGCAAGAAGCUGUUCCGUAUGAUUCAUAUCAGUCACAGCCAAUGUUCUCUGUUUCCCAGAACCAACCUAUAGGAACAGCCGAGAGCAUUGUAUACAGCGAGCACGAUCAUUCCACUGCCGAAGACCUUAGUGAGGUACUUGGUGAACUCAAGAUUGAUGAGACUGGCAUUGCACCUUAUAUUCGCCAGCAAAGGAUGGACAGAUUAGAACCUGAAAUUCCUACUCAGGAUGAGGUGGAGGAGGAUUUACCCCCUCUCCGCACUGGAGCUGGCUCCAAGAUUCGCAUUCCCCCGGAACUUAUGCCUUCAGACGACGAAGUUAUGAACUAUUUCAAGAUCUAUUUUGAUGAUAUACAUCCCUACGUUCCCGUUGUCCACCGGGCACAGCUAUAUUAUCAGUGGCAGCAUGAUCGAAAGUCGAUUUCGCCGCUCUUGCUUGAAGCUCUAUUCGCAUGCGCUGGAAGGCUGUCAGACGAUCCCGCUCAGGGCGCCCAGUGGUUGGCAUUGGCUAAUAGACACGAGUCCAGUUUCAUGGAUGUCCCGCGUCUAAGCACCAUUCAAGCAAUGUUGCUUCUUCUGAAGGCCCGAGAAUCGUUACCCAAAAAGGGGUAUUAUUAUCGUUCAUGGCAGACAGUCAAAACCAUCAUCUCCAUGGCCAAGGACUUGGAUAUUCAUGAGCAUUAUAAUACCCACGAAGAAGAGAAUGCCUGCAAUUUGAACCCAAUAGAGUGUUUGGUCCAGACCAGAGUGUGGCAAGCUCUAUUAGUUGUGGAGAUCAUGAUUGGGGCGCCUCAAGGCCGUUCGGACUACAGUGUAGACCCCCAGACCGUCAAUAUGCGACCUGAAUUGGACAUCAAGAACAUGGAUCAGUAUGAAAUCGAUCGAGCCAGACAGUAUGCCUACUUCGUCCGCAACGCAUAUCAUAUACGUCUCAUUGCGGACAUUUAUCACAAAAUCAAAAGGCAAAAAGACUGGGGAUCGAAUCCUAAGUUCGUCGAGAAGAAUCCGCUCUUCACCGACUGGUUACAAAAUCUGCCUCCUGAUUUGCAGGUCAAUUAUCCUCCUGACGGCUCACCUCCAUGGCUCCCUUCUCACUUCGUUGGUAACAUGCAUUCGCAUUGCCACUUGGGCAUAGUCCUCUGUCACCGGCCACAGCUGCUUGCCUCUAAGUUUACCGUAGGUGGAGGUUGGAAAAUGCACAUGGCAUUAUGUUAUUCAUCCGCAAAGUCUCUUUGCAGGCUUCAGGAAGCAAUCUUGGCUCGCUUCGGGUUGCCAGGCCUCCUUUUCAUGCAACGGGGUAUCAAUUUCACAAUAUACUGUAUCCUGACAUGCACCAUGUUGCACCUGGUUGCGAUUACCUCUCCUGAUCCCGAUUUCCAUACCGAUGCGCGGGAGUACUUCACGCGCCAUAUGCGGAUUCUCGAGCGAUGCUCAUCCGCUUGGCCAAUGCCAGAGAUACAAGCGCAGAUCGAUUCAUUACGGCUUGCGUUCUCCGCCAACACUAACCGCCCCUUCGAACUCAAACCCACAUUUCCGUACGGCAGUCCGUCGGAACCGUACCAACCCAGUCCUACCCUUGAAACUCAAUACCACCCACAACCCAGCCAGAUCUCUCAAUUGCAGGAAAGGGCUGGCUUCCAGGCGUACCCGAUCACCCCACCGAUAUCAGCUAGCACCGAAGACUCGAAGACUGGUACACCCCAACUACAGCCUCCGGGGAUGGUUUCAUCACACCCUGUUCAGACGGAAGCCCCAUUGGUCGAUGAGAAUAGUUGGGAUCCGACUCGUAUCAUCAAUCAAUGGGAUAUGGCAUUCUCCUUUAGUCCUGCUGUGAACCCAAAUUCACCACCAAUGGCCAUGCCGGGAACGUCUCAAGGGAUGCAGCCUUCUUUGGUGGACCAGUAUGGCUUGCAAACCCAGCAACAAGCUAAGAUCGCAGUUACACGGCCUUCACCGGUCGCGCAGCCACAGAUGACUGGGCAACCGGUGGUAUUUUCUGCACGUGAUUGGCAGCAAAGCGUGGCAAGUGUGUUCGAUCCACACGGCUUGAAGAGGCGUUGGAAUUACUCUGUAGAUAUGGGAUUGGAGACCAGCCCUAAACGCCAGCGUUGA